AAAUGACAAACCAGCUAGCAGACAAAAUACUGAGAAAGAUCCAAACCAUUGUAUUUUGUGUCGUUCUUCGAAUGUAACAGGCUAAGUUGUAUUCUUAGUAGCAUUUGAAAUUCUCAACUCUUUUUAAUCGUGAACUUUAUAGCUUAGUUCCGAUAAAAAGAAUGUCAAAUAUCAGUUUAUCAAAAUGUGGCAUACAAAGGAAACCAUUUAUUCUAGUGCCACUGUUGUUUUUAAGUUAUUUUUUUCAUUUUGGCUUCUGCCAAGAUUUAAUGGCCGGUACUCCCGACAGUGAAUACGAUGAAAAGGCUCUCAACACUCAUAGGCUUGACAAUCUCAACUUACUACUGUACACAUUUUUGCUCAUCCUCACUGUGGUUACCAUAUGGAUGUUCAAACAUAGAAGAUUGAGGUUCCUUCAUGAAACAGGCCUUGCUGUCAUUUAUGGUUUGGUUGUCGGAGCCAUCAUUCGUUAUACAGGCCCAACGCCAGAAGUGAGAGUGCUUCCUGUUGUCCCGUCUCUUGGAACUCAUUAUAACCAUUCCGUUCCACCUGAUGUCUUGUGGCUCCAGCUUUCAAAACGGAUCAUUGAACGGUCAUCCAAAACAUCAGCCACUUACCUUAACAAUCACACAUUUGUGUACACUUUCAAGGGGGAAAUUGAUAAUACUUCUCUCAAUGAGAUAGAUCAAAAGGCUACAUUUGAUCCAGAAGUGUUCUUUAAUUUACUUCUGCCACCCAUAAUUUUCCAUGCUGCUUACAGCCUGAAAAGGAAAUAUUUUUUCAAAAACCUUGGUGCAAUCUUUACGUUCGCUUUCGUCGGCACAACUGUUACAGCUUUUGUUACUGGGUCUCUGAUUUGGGGAUUUAUCCAAAUUUUCCCUUAUUUGGCGAAAGAUUUUUCUUUUCUGGACACGUUGUACUUUGGUGCUGUCAUUUCAGCCACAGAUCCAGUGACUAUCCUUGCCAUUUUUUCCGAAUUGCAUGUCGACGUCAACCUUUAUGCACUGGUGUUUGGUGAAAGUGUUUUGAACGAUGCGAUCGCUAUUGUUCUGACUAGAGCUAUACAAAGCUAUGCUGAAAAGUAUAAUCCUAAUCACGGCGGAUUUGAAAUGGUGGCUUUUUUUCAAGCUGUUGGUGAGUUUUUACUCAUUUUUACGUCGUCACUUGUUCUAGGAUCUACGCUUGGAAUUGCAACUGCACUAUUGACCAAAUUCACACGCAUCCGUGAUUUUCCGCUUUUGGAGACUUGUCUUUUCGUCCUGAUGUCAUAUACAACUUUCCUCAUAGCAGAAGCAACUGAUCUGACUGGUAUUGUGUCAGUCUUAUUCUGCGGAAUGUGCCAAGCGCAUUAUACCUUUAAUAAUUUAUCGGACGAUUCUCGAGUCCGAACAAAAUCCUUGUUUGAGCUACUUAACUUCUUGGCAGAAAAUUUCAUCUUUUCCUACAUUGGCGUGUCCAUGUUUACUUUUCCAAAGCAUCAUUUUGAUGUGGCAUUCAUUUGCAUUGCAUUUAUAGCAGUUGCUCUUGGAAGAGCUGCCAACAUCUAUCCCUUGUCCUUCUUGCUAAAUUUCGGGAGGAAGCCUAAAAUAAGUCGGAAUUUUCAACAUGUUCUCUUCUUUUCUGGACUGCGUGGUGCUAUGGCUUUCGCUUUGGCCAUACGUAACACGAUGUCGAAAGCUCGACAAACUUUUCUAACAACGACUAGUCUAAUAGUCAUCGGAUCUGUCAUUUUUGUGGGUGGAUCCGUGACUCCCCUUUUGAGCUGCUUUGGAAUUCCUGUGGGCGUCGAUGAAGAUCCAGAUCACGCAGCAUUGCCUGGAACUCCGCACAGAACUUAUGGUUCCAUAUUGCAGCAAACCCCGGGUGAAAACACGAUCGAUGGAACAGUGACAGAGCCCACACGAUCCAGCACACAGUCAGAGAAAUCAUGGCUGGCACGCAUUUGGGGAGGUUUCGACACAAAGUACAUGAAACCUUUGCUUACGCAUAGUAAGCCAACCCUCAUCGAUACGUUGCCUCCUUGUUGCCUUCCAGUAGCACGGAUGCUGACCACUUCCGAACAGCUGCAUCUGGGAAACGGAGGUCAAGGACAUUCUGAUUCAGAUAUCGAGCUGUGUAUUGAUGAUACCGAUAGUGUUCGCAGUGGACCAAGGGCAUUCGCCUCCACGCAGCCAGGAUUCCAACGAUUUCUUUAGUGGCUCCUUCCCGUGGAAUUCGUUUCGCCCCGCACCUUUGUUCACUUCUAUUGUAGAGAGUUGACAGUAUUCAGAUUAUUCGUUUGACUCCACCUGCUCCAACUUCUAUUACUUAUGUUUUAUUUUGUUUUUGUUUAUUAAUUGUGACACGUGAAGGCAUUAGCCUGAUUUAAUUCGUAUUAUCUGUUGUAUUGGUUGGGCAGAUGAGGUUAGUUUCACAUUUACGUUUGGUGGGGUGUUCUUUCUCGUCUCUUUCCUUAGGUUUAUUUCGUCAACGACAGGAAAAUGGCAAUGGACGACGAGGAUCGUCAUUUGUUCUACCCAAUCGUUUCGCCAGAGGCUCUAACGGGUGAUUCACUAGGCAAACAAUUGCCUGGUUCAAGUGUAUGAAGCAAAUUAAAAAACAAUUUGUGAAUGGCUCUGUAUUUUUCCUCUCUCCCUCUUUUCCCACAUGUCCAAAAAUUCCUUCACAUACAUUACGCGCUCAAGUCGUUGGCGACAAGCUGGCGGAAGAGAAAGAAAAGGAGAUAAGUUGUUUGUCAUUGGCAUUCCGAGAGGACGUGUCAGUGAAUAUCUUAGCGCUCUAGUCCCAAGUGAUGUUAUCUUUUCUUCUGUUUUAAAUGAUCUAUUUUCUGUUUCCACAUUAUACCCUUAUGAUUUUUGUUUGUUCUUCCGCCUGAAUAUCUAUCAUGACAACAACAAAAUUACGCAUCGAUGUAUAAAUAUGGCAAUCUCGUGUUUUUAUUUAAUAUCACCCUGUGUUAACUGAAAAGCAAAUAAAGGUGCCAUGAGAUGGU